AUCUUUCUGAACCAUGCAACACUGAUCAUCUUUACGAAUAUUUUACCACAAAAAUACCAUUUUUGUAUUCCUUCCCCAUUUGCAGAGUGCUAACAAUGGCGGUGCUGACUGUACUAUCCCCGCCGACGUCAUCGUCAUCCCCACGCUGCAUUUUAUAUAAUUUUAAUAAAAAUGACUCUACCAAUUGCUAUUUUUGGAGGAAGAAUAUUUCCAAAUGGACUCCACUUCCCACAAUUUCCGCAGUUUCUACACGCAAAACCGGAGCACCUUACUCACAGCUACACUCGAUGCAGUCAUCGAAUUCAUCAGGGAGUCAAUGUUCAUGGAUAAAAGACACAUCUUCUUUUCAUGAUAAAACUGCUGGUCAGGAAAGGAGGGAAGCUUUGUCAGUUUCCGCGCUUCCUACAAAACCAGCUCAAGUUUCUGCAGUGGAGGAUCUCUAUGAUUUUAUAUGCUCGGGUCCUCUCCUGGACAAAGUCAGUCUGACCCCGGAUAAGGUGGCUGAAUCCAUCGACAAGUGGAUCUUAUGUGGAUCACAGCUCUGCAGAUUGUUUCGGCUUAAUGAACUCUUUCUGACAGAGCCUCAAAAAGUCCGGAUAUACCAUUACUAUAUACCAGUUUUCUUGUGGUGUGAAGAGGAAAUCAGUCUUCACAGUUCUAAGUUCAAAGAUGAAGAUGAUAUCCCCCCAUUAAUGAUUGGUUUCAGUGCACCACAAGGCUGUGGCAAGACCACACUCGUAUUCGCCCUGAGUUUCCUUUUCGAAAUCACUGGGAGAAAGACUGCAACUAUAUCUAUAGAUGAUUUUUAUCUGACCGCGGAGGGCCAGGGCAAACUGCGGGAGAGCAAUCCUGACAAUGCACUUCUAGAGUUCCGUGGAAAUGCUGGAAGCCACGAUCUUCCUUUUUCAGUUGAGACACUGACAUCCCUGCAAAAAUUGACAAGAGAAGGCACAAAAAUGAAGCUUCCUCGUUAUGACAAGUCUGCAUAUAAAGGUCGAGGUGACAGAGCUGACCCUUCAACGUGGCCAGAAGUGGAGGGCCCUCUAUCGGCUAUCCUGUUUGAGGGUUGGAUGCUUGGUUUUAAGCCUGUACCUGCUGAAGUUGUGAAAGCUGUCGACCCACAGCUUGAAGUAGUUAAUAAAAACUUAGAAGCCUACUAUGAUGCAUGGGACAAGUUCAUCAAAUCAUGGAUAGUUAUCAAGAUUAAGGACCCUAGUUACGUUUAUCAGUGGCGAUUGCAGGCAGAGAUUGCCAUGAGAGACGAUGGAAAACCUGGAAUGUCCGAUGAGGAGGUUUUCGACUUCGUUUCAAGAUAUCUGCCAGCAUACAAAGCAUAUCUCCCUACCCUCUAUGCUGAAGGGCCAAGUGGGUCGGACCCGGACCAUCUACUUGUGGUCGAAAUCGACGAGGGCCGGAACCCCAUCCUUGCUGAUUAAGCCAACUCCUUGCAGGUUGUGCUUCAAAUCUGGUUUAACUUUUCAAUGUGAAUUAAUUUUCUGAUUUACCAAUUGUAACAGUUCCAGUUUUGAUGAUUCAACCUAUUGUAACAUUCUGUUUUCUUUUACCGCAAUAUAAGUAUCACUCCUCUUUACUUUU